AAGACGGAUCUGAGUAAGUAUCUGGAGCAGCAUAGCUCGGGGCUUGAACAAAUGCAGGUGCGACUGUUUUUGUUUCAGUUACUUCGCGGACUUGCAUUUUGCCAUGCCAAAAAAAUUUUGCACAGGGAUUUGAAGCCGCAGAAUUUGUUGUUGAAUGAUAACGGUGAAUUGAAAUUAGCGGAUUUUGGACUGGCUCGUGCAAAGUCGGUGCCUAGCCGAACUUAUUCACACGAAGUAGUCACACUC